AUGUCGGCCCCAUUGACGCCGGGCGACAUGCCUGGCGGCGUGCCUACGUUCAAUCCCAACCCUAGCAAAGGACUUCAACCGCUACUCAUCGCGUUACUAUACUUGUUUCCUGGGAUCGCAGGGCUGAUUGUAGCGGUGAGGAUCGUCAAGAAGCGGGUAGAUCGCACCCUGGGGGGAGACGUGCUGGAGAUGCGCUCCGGAUACCACGACGAAGAUGUGAAUUUCCUUGCCAUCGACUGGGUGCGCGCAAACAAGGUCCGUCCAACAACACUCACUGCACACAAACCUAACGCGUCUAACAAUUCGCAGUUACAAUUCGCCCUCGGCGCCGAAUACAACCCCGUCGUCUGCCUCGUAAAGAUGUCCUUCCUCUGGUCCCUCCAAAAACUCCGCUCCCCAAACAAAUGGAUCAAGCGCUCCCUCUGGGCCAUCCAAAUCAUAAACGUCAUCUACAUGAUCGUCUCAACCACCAUCGCCCUCGUCCCCUGCCUCCCCCUCCGCAAAAAAUGGCACCCCGACAUCGCAGGCCACUGCAUGGACGGCCCCAAAUACAUCCUCGGCAACGUCACCGUCGUGCUCAUCACCGACGCGCUCGUCCUGCUUAUGCCCUCGUGGAUAAUCUGGGACCUUCAAAUGCCGCUGAAACGCAAGAUCAUGACCAUUUCCUUCCUCUCCUUCGGACUGGUCUUGAUAGCCGUCGGCAUCGCCCGCAUGAUCUGGCUGUACAACGCCUUCCUCGGAAAAUCAAAGUCCUACUCCGUUGAACCCGCGUACUCAGCUAUCGAAUCCAGCAUCGCUAUAGUAGGCGCUUGCGGCCCGACUAUGAAGUACAUUCUCGGGCUUUGUGUCCCGUCACUCAAGUCUGCGUCGGCGAACAGCAAGCGCCCAGGAUACGGUAGCAGCUCGCAUCAGCUGAGCGUGACGAAGCGAAGUGGGACGGGACGGUCGAGAAAACCGACGGAUGGGUACGAUGAUUUGGAUACUUUUGAGGCGAAUGCGGAGCGCUAUGAGAUGAAGAGCGAGUGGAAGUGGGGGAGCAAGAAUGACGAGGAUGCGAGGAGCGAUGAGCAGGAGAUUACAAGGGAUGUGAACGAUGCGCAUGGUGGGAUUGUGAAGAGUGUUGAGUGGUCGGUCUCUUCGAGGGGCGAGGGUGAUGAGAGGCGAGACGAGAGGAGACGAAGCAAUAAGAGUCGGACGGAUGUUCGUGCAGCUGUCGAGCCUACGGAUGUUGUUUAG